UUCAAAAACUAACAUCCAAAAAUAUGUCAAAAAAAUAAAAUGUCAUCAUCAUUUCGUUUCACCAAAAUUCCUCGUAUCAUAUGUCGCCCAUUUUCAGGAACUUCUCACAAAUUCUACUCGACAAAACCAUGUCCAGAACCUCGACGAAUGAACCCAAGAAAAUGCAAGAAGAAAUCUCCAUACAUAAUCUGUGAACCCAAAGUCGAGGAAUUUCCCAACGUCCUCAAAAUAAUGGAGAAGAAUUACUUCAGGGAGGAACCCACGUUGAAAUUCUUGGGCCUGAAGUUGAACAAGACCUUGGCCACUCGAAUUAUGGACCGCCUUAACGAAGGCAAUUCCUUGGUGGCCAAGUGCAAAUACACAGGCCGCAUGCUGGGGGUGAGUUUGAACGAAACGGUAAAACCCUGGGACUCCGUGCUUCUGGCCAGACUUGCUGAAAAGCAGGAAUGCCCGAAAACAAAGAAAUUAUUGAUGUUCUACUCGUUUUUGGAGGGAGCACCGAGGCUGUUCGACAAAAACCGAUGUCUGUUCGAAAUUUUCUCAACCACCAACGUUUUCAUUGAUAAGGGAGAGAGAAAUUAUGGUUUGGGGUUGAAGUUGACGAAAGCUAGCGUCAAUUUGGCCAUAGAUAGGAAUUACAAGUUGCUUAGAUGCGAUGCCACGAAUUUUGCGUUCUCUCAACUGUUGGAAAGAUUGAAAUUCAAAUUGGAAUUGCACAUACCCUACGAGACUUAUGUGGAUAAGCACGGAGAGAGGGUUUUCCAAAAUGUUCAAGUACCUAAUGUAGGUGUGAAGAUAUAUACUUUGAAUAUUGAGAAGAGGAAGAAAUUCAGUGACGAAUAAUGGAGAAGUUGGAGCAACAAUCAGACAUAUCAAUGAAAAAAUAAAUAAAGUUGAACAAGACAUUGGCAACAGAAUCAUGGCAACUCGUUGGUGUCUAAGUGCAAAUACAAAGACCAAUGCCUUUUCUAAAUUUUCUCAACCACAAAAGUCUCCUUUGAUAAGGGAGAGAGAAACUAUGGUAUGGGGUAGAAGCUGACGAAGACCAGCGUCAACUUGGUCGUAGACAGAGGUACAAACUGCUCAGAUGCUAUUCAACCAAUUUCGCAUUCUCUAAACUGUUGGAAAGAAUUUGAAAUUCAAAUUGGAAUUGUACAUACCCUACGAGACAUAUGGAGAGAGUUCUAGAAUGUCCAAGUGCCCAAUGUUGGUGUAAAGUAUACUUUGAAUAUUGAGAAGAGAAAUAAAUUCAGUCACUAAAAGUUGAAGCAAUAAUAAGACAUAUCAACGAAGAAUUAAAUAAAUUUGAACAAGACAUUUCUUCAAU